CUGUAGCAGAUAGAUGUGGGCCAAAAAUAUGGACUCCGCUGGGUCUUUAUUCUGUGACACCGAGAAUCUAUUCUCAAAGCUACCCUUUCUGUUCUCAAUAAUCAGACUACGCUAUUAAAAAAACCGUUACUGAUAACGAGAAACUGAAGAAAUACUGUGCCAAGCAUCAAUGAUCUGUACUAUUGACAUUUUUUGGUCGUGAAAGUUCUGUGUACAUAUUUAUAAAUCAGUGAAUAUCUCCAUCGCGAGCAUUACUUCUAUAUUAGCAUAUUAUAUUAAGAACAGUGUGAUCAACGUAUAGAGAUCAAUGAAGUGCAAUGAAAAACGGUACUGUCAUUGUGUGUAGUGACAGAUGCUGUGUUAUUUAAUUUCGAACAUUCUGUAAUUCAUGACAAAUAAGGCAUAUUGGAUGGAAAAUUGCAGCAAUGAAGCGAAGCUCUUCCAUCAGAUUUACAACAGCUUGCGGGAAGCCUCUAGUUGUCAGCGAACCAGCAAUGAAAAAAGCUAAAUUAAUGUAUGAGGGUGUCUCCGGAGAGCACUUGCUGCUGGAUAAGGACCUAGUUUGGUCAGAGAAUUGUGAAAAUGUACCAAAAAAUAGCCUAUAUGCGAACAGUCAUCCGGUUAAGAUAAAAUCAAAUGUCACAAGUACCUCUUCAUCAGAGCGGGCAUUUAAGCAAGUCAAAAAAUAUCCCAGUCAAGAAAAGAUUAGCAGUGACUCAAGUUUGCCAAAUCAUUUGGCUAGUGAAUCAAAUAAAGCUGUUGAAUCGUUGUUUGCUAAUGAAAGACAGUUGAAAAUAUCUGAAGUAGCUGCUUCUACCACUACUGUAAAGAACUUGCUCCCCAUUGAACUUAGAAAUACCUCUGAAAAGUUUGUCACAUGUGGCAGGCCUCUAACUAUUAGUAAGACAACAACCAGUGGAAAUUGUUCUAUAGGUUUUACAACAGCUGGUGGUAAACCUUUAAGUGUUAGCGAACCAGCAAUAAAACAAGCCAAAUCGAUGUAUGAGGGACUCUUAACAGAGCAAUGGGAUCUAGACAAGGAUCUGAAAGGACCUAAAAAUGGUCAACAUAUAUCUCAAAAUAACUCAGAUACUAUAAGUCACCCGGUUGAAUCUGAAUUAAAUAAUACACACACAUCUUUAUUAGAGGAGGCAUCUUUAUAUGCAGAAAUGCUCUCCAGUAAAAAUGAGAUUGGCAGUGAAGCAAUUUCACAUAAUCAUGUAGCUGGUAACACACAUGCAGCUGGGGGAUAUUCAGCUGCUAAUAACAAGCCAUUGAGAGCAUGUGAAACAGCUUUGGUAACAGCAAAGAACUCAUUUGAUACCAACUCUAGUAUUACCUCUCAACGGCCUCACACUUUCAGGACGCCUUUACUUGAUAGUAGCACAACAAUGACGAGCAAGUGUGCUGUUGGAUUUACAUCAGCAUCCGGUAAGCCUUUUGUUACUAGCAAAACAGCAAUGACAAAAGCCAAAUUGAUGUAUGACAGUAUCUUAGACGAGCGAUCAGUGCCAGGUGAGGAACUGAUAAAGCCCAUGACCAGUAAACAUAUGCCAGAAAAUAUAACACACAAUUCGAGUCACUCAGUUGCAUCUAAAUUAAAUUACACACCAACCUCAUUUUUAUCCCCGCAUGGUGGAACAAGCUCUGUUAAAGAACAGAUUCGAGAAAAACCAAUUUCACUUGAUCAUACACCUGUUGCCUCAAGUACAAUCACUGGAUUUGUAACCGCUCACGGAAAGUCAUUGAAUGUAUCAGAAGGUGCACUGGCAAAAGCAAAAAAUUUGUUGACUUUAGAUCUUGAAAAAACUUUUCAACAAAAUUCUUUGAUUGAGCCAUUCAAAUCUGUAACUGAUACAGGAUCAGAUGAAAAUCUCUCUCAUAAGAAAGCAGAGAGUGAAUCACUAGUUAAUAAAUCAAGUGGAGAAAAGCUCAUCUCUGACUCUCAAGUAUGCAAAUUGUCUGACAAAAAAGCCUCCGAUAGUGAUAGAAAAAGAGACAAUUCAGGUCAAUUUUGCAUGAAGCAAAACAAAUCAGGGAUUUACACUAGAUCUGAAAUGUUUGAAACUACAGAUAGAAUCAUGUAUCCUAAACUUGAGCCACAAAGGUCUUCGCCUUUCAAUCAGGACAUUGAUAUUCGGCAACAAUUGCUGGAAAAUUCAAUAUUUGUCAUAUCUGAAGAAAUCACUGCAAGCACUGAAGCACUCCUGGCAGAUGAAGAAAAUUCAGAUGAUACCAGCAAAUGGGCUUCAGCAAUCACUUGCAGUCCAACGAUCAUCGAAGACCGUAUGAUAUCUGCCCGUCCAAUUACUGUUGAUGAAAGCUCUGAUACUGUGCAAGAGCUUCCAAUGAGUCCAAUAUUAGGAUUUAGAUUCCGUGUACAGAGGAAAAAUAAACGGAGAAAAAGAAGUUCGUCAAAAAGUUUAACAAUAGAACCUGGCCCUCUGAAAGAUGUUGGCUUGACAAACAGUUUGGCAGAGAAAACUGGUGCUGGAGACUCUCCACAGUGUUCGACUAUAGCAGCUUCAGAUUCCUGUAAUGAUCCUAAUACAAACUUAAGUUCAGUAGUUGAAUCAAAUUCACAGUUGAAAGUAGCAGCCACAUUGAAACCAAUGUCAAAAGAGAUUGACACGACAGCAGCAGCAGAUAUCUUGGAGAAGCGUCUUCUAGCAAAAUUUAGACAAGAAGAACAAAUUCAAUCUAAAAGGAGAUCCAAGCCUAAUUCGAUGGAGAGCAAUCUUUUGCAUCGUAAGAUGCAAGAUAAAAAAUCACGUGUUUCUUGGCGAAAAGUAACGAAUGGAAUACCCCCUAAACCACGAACUUUGUCAGAGUUAGUGGAUUCAGGUAUUGGAUUGGAUGUGAUGGAAAUAACUGCGGCCAAUGCUUCGAGCUAUAGAUUCAAAUGUUCUGACUUUUUCAGCUCUGAAGUGAUAAACAGAAACAUUGACGGACUGGAUAUUGGUGAUGGCGCACAAUUAGUUCUUGACAAAAAUGGCUAUGCAGGGAUUCUGGAAUUUGAACGUGCCUUUCUGACAAGUCCUGGGGUGGAUCCAACUCUGGUCCCCGACCGAUGGAUUGAAAACCACUACAGAUGGAUUGUCUGGAAACUUGCAUCCAUGGAUAGGAUGAACUUUGGGAUUGUAUUAGACAAGAUGCUUACACCUCAUCAUGUCAUGGAACAACUGAAAUACCGAUACGAUCGGGAAAUUGACAAAGCUGAACGUUCAGCGCUACGGAGAAUCAUAGAAAGAGAUGAUUCUGCAUGCAGACGCAUGGUCUUGUGCGUGGCGACUGUUACUAAGCUCACAAAGCUCCCAUCUUCGCAAUCGAGGAGUCCAAGAACAACUCCAAUAUCACACUGGAUAAUUGAAUUGACCGAUGGAUGGUACAGCAUACCUGCGACCAUUGACGAAGCUAUGGUUCAUUUCGUAGUUGUUGGAAAAGUGCGAGAGGGUACAAAACUAAUUACUAGUAGAGCUGAAUUAUUGAACUGCGAUCAGGGCUGUUAUCCUCUCAAUAUUCCAGUUGACGCAUCCUUGAAGAUUCAUACAAAUUCCACGAGAAGAGCUAAAUGGGAUACCAAACUCGGGUAUUGUCAGUUUAGUUGCCCAAUAUCCACAUCACUCACCUCUAUACUCCCAAACGGCGGAUUAAUCGGCAAAUUGAAUACGACUAUCGCGCGGGUUUAUCCACUUCAGUAUUUUGAGAGGAAUUCCAACGGAGAAGCAAUAUUCAGGAACAGCAAAUGUGAAGAUAAGGCUGUAAUGAUGUACGAAAAUGACCGUCAAGCCAAGAUAGAUGCUAUACACUCACAAGUACGAAAAAAGUUUGAAAAACAGGCGGAAUCUAUCACAUCAACUACCCAAAAUUAUCGCGGAUUCUCGGGAUCUGAUUUCGAACGAGAGCUUGAAUCGAUGUUGCGCGAAAGUUUGCCUUCUCCGCGUAAAACAACUUCAGUGCUUAAAGUCCGAGUGGUGGAUGAUAAUUGUCUUGCUAUGUUGACGAUUUGGGCUCCGAGCGAUGAUGUCAUCGAGACUAUGAAAGAAGGAAAUCACGUUUCUAUCCACAACGUACAAACGUCGGGCAGAAGAGGUGGUGAGCUUCAGCUGACGGCCGGUCGCCAAUCUUUUGUGAAGCAGGAGAAAGCAAAAAGCACAAAUUUUCCUCGGCGAUCUGUAACUUCCAUACCGGAAGUUGCUGUGCCUGGGUUCAAUCCUCCGUAUGCCGAAUUUGACGUCGUGGGGAUUGUGGUAUCGCUGAGCUCAGCACCGUAUGGUAUGAAAAAUUUCGAAGCCGUGAAUCUGGCCGCUCCAAGUCCUGACCAUUCAUCGAGUUCGGCGUACAUGUCGAUCCUUUUCUGGGAGGGUGUCGGGGCUCACGGUUUCUCGGAUAUUCUCUCUGUCGGGUCAAUAGUGGCUUGCACUAAUAUUCAGUGGCGUCGAGGUGCGCCAAGACCCAUCCCUAUUGCGUACUCGACAGAAAAUUCAUCGUUCACCCGAAAUCCGCGACAGGCUUACCUGAGAUCGGGUUUUGACUUCAUCAAGAAACAGAUUAAGGAUCUUUCGGUCUACACUGCACAGUGUGCUAGCCAAAUUUCAAUGGAGCAACAAAAGAGAUUCAGUCUUCAUCGGCCCUUUGCAUCAAUCGGAGCUCCAGGAGCAGCAUCUCCAUCCACAAGUUUAGCCUCGGAGUCAAAUUCGCUCACCCCUCAAAGGAUACAGAGUCCUCAAGUAACAUCUGCAACGCGUUCCUCGUUAGCCACUACUCCGGCAAGAUAUUCUAUUCAAAGGCGGUUAGAGAAACUAGAAUGGUAUGGGGAACCGCCAGAGCUAUCACCUGUUGCUCUAAAUAACAGUUCUAGUAAAGUUACGCAACAAUAUGUUCCACCAUUCUUGAUUUCGGAGCAUUAGAUAGACGUAGGAUUUUAGAUAUAGUGGGAAUUGUUAUUCGUUAUGACCAUGUAUUUUUGUUUCGUUUCUCUGUACAGUUUGAUCCCAUAAGUUACCGAACAAAAGCAAACCUAGAGCGAAGUAAAGGCGAUUGACAAAUUUGUAAUAUAUUUAUAGAUUUCACCGGCCUUGAAGGUCGACAAUAUUCUUUGAUAUUUUCUUUGACAAUUAAUUCUACUCGUAAAUUGUAUAGUAUUCAGAUACAAAAAGAUACCGCUGUAACAAAGUUUUCCAUUUCAAUAUAAUUAUGUGUUAACCGAA